AUUUCCGUCAUCUACGUAAACACCCGAGUACACAUUCACAACUGAACCUGCGGCUGUAACGCUGUUCUGGUCUAGAAGGCCAAAUAGCGUCAAGCGACAUGUUGCGUUGGCCAGCAGUAAGUCGGGCUUUGGCUGGUGCGGCCCAUUCCAAGGGCUCCAUUGCCACCACUAACAAUGUGCGGACUUCAGUCCGGGCCUCAAGCAAUAUGGUUGAGGUGUUUGUAGAUGGAAAACCUGUCAUGGUGGAGUCAGGGACCACUGUUCUACAGGCUUGUGAGAAAGUAGGUGUGCAGAUUCCUCGUUUCUGCUAUCAUGAUCGUCUUUCAGUGGCUGGUAACUGCCGCAUGUGUCUGGUGGAAAUCGAGAAAGCACCAAAGCCUGUUGCAGCAUGUGCAAUGCCUGUCAUGAAAGGGUGGAACAUUUUGACCAAUUCAGAGAAAACACGGAAAGCCAGAGAGGGAGUCAUGGAGUUCCUGCUUUCCAACCACCCUCUUGACUGUCCAAUCUGUGAUCAGGGAGGAGAGUGCGAUCUGCAGGACCAAUCGAUGAUGUUUGGUGCUGACAGAAGCCGUUUUACAGAAGGGAAGAGAGCAGUUGAAGAUAAGAACAUCGGCCCGCUCAUUAAAACAAUCAUGACCCGCUGUAUACAUUGCACACGUUGUGUUCGUUUUGCCAGUGAGGUUGCUGGUGUGGAGGACCUGGGAACCACGGGACGUGGUAACUCCAUGCAGAUUGGUACUUACGUAGAGAAGAUGUUCAUGUCUGAAUUGUCUGGUAAUGUGAUUGACUUGUGUCCUGUUGGAGCACUGACGUCCAAACCUUACGCUUUCACUGCACGACCCUGGGAGACCAGAAAGACUGAGUCUAUUGAUGUGCUGGAUGCUGUUGGCUCCAACAUUGUAGUGAGCACCAGAGGUGGUGAGGUCAUGAGAAUUCUGCCCCGUUUGAACGAGGAUGUCAAUGAAGAAUGGAUAUCCGACAAGACCAGGUUUGCAUAUGAUGGACUGAAGAGGCAGCGCCUGACCCAGCCAAUGGUGAAGGAUGCCAGUGGACAGAUGGUUGCCACCACCUGGGAGGAUGUUCUUACACGUGUGGCUGGAGCACUCCAGGGUGUUCAGGGUUCUGAGGUAGGAGCUGUUGCUGGUGGGAUGGUAGAUGCUGAGGCACUGGUUGCUCUGAAGGACCUACUGAACAGACUGGACAGUGACACCCUCUGCACUGAGGAGAUCUUCCCAAUGGCUGGUGCCGGAACCGACCUGCGCUCCAAUUACCUCUUGAACAGCCGUAUCACUGGCAUUGAGGAGUGUGACUUCCUGCUUUUGGUUGGAACAAACCCACGUUAUGAGGCUCCUCUCUUCAAUUCACGUAUCCGCAAGAGUUGGUUGCAUAAUGAGCUCCAGGUGGCCAUGGUGGGUCAUAAGGUGGACCUGAGCUACUCUUACGAACAUUUGGGUGAAACCACACAAGUUCUGCAGGAGAUCGCUGCUGGAACACACCCUUUCUGCAAGGUCCUAGCCCAGGCCAAAAAGCCUGUCGUAGUGUUGGGCAGCUCCACUCUCCAGAGGGAAGAUGGGGCAGCCAUCUUUAAGGCCGUGUCCACAAUCGCUCAAAACUCUCGGGUCAGCAGUGGUGUUGAGGAUGGAUGGAAGGUGCUCAAUGUGCUGCACAGGGUGGCUAGUCAAGUGGCAGCCCUGGACUUGGGUUACAAACCUGGUGUUAAUGCCAUCCAGAAGAACCCUCCCAAAGUACUGUUUCUCCUGGGAGCCGAUGCUGGCUGCAUCACCAGAGCAGACCUUCCCAAAGACAGCUUUAUCAUCUACCAGGGUCACCAUGGAGAUGUAGGUGCAGUCAUGGCUGAUGUCAUCUUGCCUGGUGCUGCAUACACCGAAAAGAAUGGCACAUACGUCAACACAGAGGGCCGAGUCCAGCAGACCAGGGUGGCAGUUACUGCUCCUGGUAUGGCACGUGAAGACUGGAAGGUUUUGCGUGCUAUUUCUGAGCUGGCGGGAGUCGCACUGCCAUAUGACACACUGGCUGAGGUGAGGAGAAGGCUGGAAGAGGUCUCUCCUAACCUGGUGAGAUAUGAUGAUGUAGAGGAAGCCAAUUAUUUCAAACAGGCCCAUGAGCUUUCAAAGGCUGUGAAACAGUCAUUGCUUGCAGCUCCUCUUGUCCCCCCUCAGCUCACAGUGAAGGAUUUCUACAUGACAGACCCCAUCAGCAGAGCCUCUCAGACAAUGGCCAAGUGUGUGAAGGCUGUGACAGAAGGAGCAGCAGCAGUUGAUGAGCCCUCAAUUUGUUAAAACUCUUUCAGGCAUACACUAAAUAGUCAUCGUCAAGUACAUGUACAACCACAUACCUGGAUUUCAGCAUAUUUUGCUGUGUGUCUCCCGUCUCUUUCAUAGUCAGACUUUACCAGAGGAGCAAAAAUGUGUGAAAUUAAUCUCGCUCAUAUUUAAUAGGAUUUGAAGGGCGUUGUAAAGUUUUCGUUCCCAUGAUUUGGCUGAAUGAGGUCUGCUUUGUUUUGGAAAGCUCUUAUCAUGAUAAAUAAAAAUGUAUUAUAUCAAUAUACCAUUGUCACCGUUGACAUCGCUGGUAUAAAUUAUUCAAAGCAAGGGCACAGUAGAAAAAAUUCUGU